UGUUUAUUUUUAUGUAAUAUAUACAUGCCAAACUAGAACACACUUGAGAUCUAGGAAAGGAACAAGCUCUCUUGCUCCCACACCAUCCUAUCACUCCUAUGAUCGUUUGCAUUCUAGUGAUACCGACACACUGGUCGGAGAUUAUCUCAGUUUCAUUAAAAAGAAAAAAUAAGACAAAAUGAAAGGAGAUGUAUUCAAAUCUACAACACUUGUCAAGAUAUUAGGCUUUGUGUUACUGUCGAUAGCAUUUUUCUACUUCGGAAAACAUUAUUCCGAUGGAUCUCAACAGCUUGUUUUCUUCAAUUCACGUCAAGAUUCAUCAACUACACCCAAACCCACAACCCCAAAUUCUCAAUUCGUUGCAAUUUCACCUAAUUCCAACAAAUCCUUCGAUUUAUCCUCGUUAAUUAACGAUACCAAUGUUGCCGAAAAGCCAUUAAAAAAUACAAUUCAUCCACCACCUUUGCUGACGUCACCACCUCCUCCGCCGCCGCCGAAGGAGCCGGUGGAGAAGAUGGGGUUGUUGGAUGAGAAUGGGGUAAUGAAGGAUGAUUUUCGAGUUGGGGGUGAUGGUUUUGAAGUUGUGGAAAAUUGGGGUGUGGGGAAUGAGACUGAGGAGGGUGGUGGUGGUGGUGGGGUUAAGGGGUUUAGGGUUAAGAAAUAUGGGCUGUGUAGUCAUAGUAUGAGGGAGUAUAUACCAUGUUUGGAUAAUGUGGAGGCAAUUUCUAAGCUGAAAUCGGUUGAAAGAGGGGAGAAAUUUGAGCGGCAUUGUCCCGAAAAAGGGAAAGGAUUGAAUUGUUUGGUUCCUCCACCGAAAGGUUAUCAAACUCCGAUUCCAUGGCCAAAAAGUCGCGAUGAGGUUUGGUUCAGCAACGUUCCUCAUGCACGUCUAGCGGAGGAUAAGGGUGGUCAAAAUUGGAUAUCGAUAGACAAGGACAAGUUCAAGUUUCCUGGAGGCGGCACCCAGUUCAUACAUGGAGCUAAUCAGUACUUGGAUCAGAUUGAAAAGAUGCUCCCUGAAAUUGCAUUUGGCCGUCAUGUGCGAGUUGCUUUAGAUAUUGGUUGUGGUGUGGCAAGCUUUGGUGCUUAUUUACUAUCAAGGAAUGUGCUCACCCUGUCUGUUGCUCCAAAAGACGUUCAUGAAAACCAGAUUCAGUUUGCUCUCGAACGUGGCGUGCCUGCAAUGGUAGCUGCAAUUGCGACACAUCGUCUACUUUAUCCAAGUCAGGCAUUUGAACUAAUCCAUUGUUCAAGGUGUCGGGUCAAUUGGACUCGUGAUGAUGGGAUUUUACUACUGGAGGUCAACAGGUUGCUCCGAGCUGGUGGAUAUUUUGUUUGGGCUGCACAACCUGUUUAUAAACAUGAAGCAGUCCUGGAAGAGCAAUGGGAAGAGAUGGUUAAUCUUACCACUCGUCUUUGCUGGAAUCUUGUGAAGAAGGAAGGUUAUAUUGCUAUAUGGCAGAAGCCCUUAAAUAACAGUUGCUAUUUAAGCCGCGAGGAAGGAGCCCAACCUCCUCUCUGUGAUCUACAUGAUGACCCAGACGAUGUUUGGUAUGUUGAUCUGAAAGCAUGUAUUACACGAUUGCCUGAAGAAGGAUAUGGUGCAAAUAUUACCACUUGGCCUUCACGCCUGCAGUAUCCUCCAGAUAGGCUCCAGAGCAUACAAGUAGAUUCUUUUAUGUCUAGGAAAGAGCUCUUCAGGGCAGAGUCAAAAUUCUGGAACGAAAUAAUUGGAAGCUAUGUCCGUGCUUGGCAUUGGAAGAAGCUCAAACUUAGAAAUGUAAUGGAUAUGAGAGCUGGUUUUGGAGGAUUUGCAGCAGCAUUAAUUGAAAAUCAACUGGAUUGCUGGGUUCUAAAUGUUGUCCCUGUUAGUGGUCAUAAUACCUUACCUGUCAUCUUUGACCGUGGACUACUUGGAGUCAUGCAUGAUUGGUGUGAACCAUUUGAUACUUACCCAAGAACCUAUGACCUAUUGCACGCAAAUGGUCUCUUCUCGAUUGAACAGAAAAGAUGCAACAUGUCCACAAUCAUGCUCGAAAUGGACCGGAUACUAAGGCCAGGUGGACAUGCGUACAUCCGAGAUUCCGUCGCUGUCAUGGAUGAACUUCAGGAUAUUGGGAAAGCCAUGGGUUGGCAUGUAACUGUGAGAGACACAUCUGAAGGUCCUCAUGCAAGUUACAAGAUAUUGGUAGGUGACAAACACCUUUUACGAGGUAAACGAUGACAAGAAAGGAGAAGCCAACAUUCGUGUCUGGUCAUGGCAAGAUCAAACAACUCCAUGGACACAUCAAACCUCAUGUUUCUACAGUACUUGGACCUGAAAGAGCCUUGCUAACAUGGCAAUCUUUCUUUGUCCGGGGCUGUUGUUUGUACCAUGUAGCAUAUAACAAUGUACAGCAGAAGAUGGUAUAGCUUCACACGAUCAAGACAUGUGUGACAUUACCAACAGGGGAAAUUUACUUAGCCCAUAAAAGGAUAGGUGUGGAAGUUACAUAGCUCAGUGUUUUAUUUGUUUUAAUUUAUUGUUCUGUGAUUAUGGGGUUUCUUUUAUUCAUGAGUUUAACUGUUCACUUGAACUGAGAAAUCUAAACAAAUAAUUCCAGGAACUUUAGAACAGAAAAAGAAGCUAUGCAACAGAUCUAUAUAUAUGUAACUUUUUGGUGAACUUAACAUCUUGCAGUAAAAUGUGCAAGAAUUUGAAAUUCUUAUAUGUGAAACUCCAACACAGUAUGUUGUAGUUUCGAAUAUUUACUACUGAAGCUUUGACACUGUGCA